AUGUUGAAAUCAAGGUCCACCAGACGGGGGAAGUUGGGGGCCACCGCAUCUGUGAGGGGCUUUGCGGCCAUCGAUGAGACCAAGGAGGCUCCACGGGAGUACCUCUGUCCCAUAACCCUGCAGCUCAUGAAGGACCCUGUCCUCCUGGUAGAGACAGGACAAGUGUAUGAUCGGGAAUCUAUAGAAGCCUGGUUCAAGAGUGGGCACAACACAGAUCCGAACACCGGAGUUAAAGUGCGUAGCCAGCGACUCUCCACUAUAUACCCGCUACGCUCAGCCAUCCAGCAGUUCGCCAAUCAGCACAAUAUUGAACUGGACCCUGCAGACAGUGAGGAAGACGAUGUGAAGGGUGGCGAUUCAGGGUCAUGGGACCUUCCCAACCCUGCCCAGUGCGCAGACCUGCAGGGUGUGUCUGUGUAUGACAUAAAGGGGCUGUGCAGGCUGAUGUCAUCCAGUGAGGAGGCAGAAUCGCUUGCAGCAAUGCAGCUUCUUGCAGAUAUGGCAAGGCAUGGAGAAAAGAGACAGAAAAGAAGAAUUGUACAGCAUUGUUCAGUCGAACACCUCAAGAAGAAACUGAAUGAAGGGGAACCCCGAUUCCAGGUGCAGGCUGCCCGCCUGCUGUUGUACCUGCCUGGGGAGGAGAUGACGGUUGGGCAGAUGCUCAAACUCCUUCAAUACUCGAAUCCACAACUGACUGAGGACGUUCUUCUACUGCUUUGGCAGCAUGCCUAUCGGCACCGGGGUCGAAUGAUGGAAAUUGCACAGGCUGUUCAAGAUCUUGGAGCAGACGAGAUAAUCACAUACAUGAAGUCCAUGGCAGAUCCAACACAGAACAGCGAUUUGGCCGAUGAGGUUCGAGCAUAUGCAACAUUUUUGUUGGCAUGCAUCUGCUACAAGCCGCGACCACGGUCAUACAUCCUUGGUGGCAAUGUUGUUUCUCUGCUGGUGCAUUACCUCGCAACGACAACUGAUGUGGGGUUCAGGCUUUGCCUUCUCAAGGCCGUGCAGUACCUGUGCGAAGACCGGGCUUCCCGAGAGCUGAUUCAGCAGGCGGGGGCUGUGAGGCAUUUCAUGAACCACCUGCCUCCCCUAAACCGGCAAGUUCUGUACACUGCACGCAUAUUCAACGACUGGUUUGCAUGGGUGACCGUUCCUGAGACGGCAGUGAAGGCGCUCUACCACCUGUCGAAGAAUGACAGAGCACGGCAUGAUAUGAGGACGUCAGGUCUGAUCCCAGCACUCCGGGAGAUGAACAGGACCUCGAAUGUUCCGGAGAAAGCUAAGAGCAAAUAUGUUGGGCCACUCAUGGCCAGGCUCACAGCAUCGCAGUCAUGCUUUGUGAAUUGA